GCUAGACAAAUUUUUUGCUCUAUCCGAAACCACUUCUUGACUUCCUCUUGGAAGCCGACAGCAUGUCAAGUCAAUGUCUAUAUCACGUGAUCGUAUAUUAAACAUCGAGGCUAGUGACUAAACUUUAGUGUGCGAUCGGCCUUUCUUGAACACAUGGGACACCUGCAUCUCCAUACAAUCAGUACCCAGAUAAUCUCCCCCGCGUCUACAAUUUCACAUCAUCCAUCGUUUUUACCACCUAACCGUCGUCAUGGAUCUCGCCAGUUUGAAGGAGGCUGCGUCCAAUUUGACGCUCUACGAUUUGAAGGCCGGCGUGAGAAAGGUACAAAAUGGUAAGGACUCAGUGUAGACAGCUGGCCGAUUUGGUGGUUACUGAUAAUUUACAGCUGUGAUGAAUUAUACCGAGAUGGAGGCCAAAGUAAGAGAGGCGACAAAUAAUGAGCCAUGGGGUGCUAGUUCCUCACGUUAGUCGCAAGAUCUGGUUAUCUUUAAUGUUUAGGCUGUCAAUCCUAAUGCGUUAUUACAGUGAUGCAGGAAAUCGCGAAUGGCACAUAUAACUAGUAGGUCAUUCUGGUCAAUUCCCAGUCAGCAUACUAAUUUCAUUCAAGUCAACUACUUAAUGAGAUUAUGCCGAUGAUUUAUAAGAGAUUCACAGAGAAAGCUGCCGAGGAAUGGAGACAAAUAUACAAAGGAUUACAGCUACUCGAGUUCUUAAUCAAGAAUGGCUCCGAGCGUGUCAUCGAUGAUGCGCGAUCCCAUUUGACGCUCCUUAAGAUGUUACGCCAAUUCCAUUUCAUUGAUCAGAAUGGCAAAGACCAAGGUGUUAAUGUUAGAAACAGAGCCAAGGAACUGGCUGAAUUACUUAGUGAUGUGGACCGGAUUCGGGCGGAGCGCAAGAAAGCACGAGCUACACGAAAUAAAUAUACCGGAGUUGAAGGUGGAGCAGGAAUAGGUGGUGGGAUGUCGAGUUCCAGUAGAUAUGGAGGAUUUGGGAGUGAGGAACAAGGUGGUUAUGGUGGGUAUAGUGGAGGUGUGUAUGGAGACGGUGGUGGAUUUGGGGGCCAGGCCAGCGACUUUCAAGAUUCUGGUAAUCAUGGGGAUUUUGGUGGCAGCAGCAGCCGCAGAGAUAAGUUUGAGGAAUAUGAUGAGUAUGACGAGGGUGCAGCUCCUUCAUCGUCGCGAAGACAGGCCGAGAGCUCCUCAGCAUCAUCCAAUCGCAAAAGGGCUGGAACUGAACGAACGACGAAAAAAGCCGAACCUCCCAAGAAGAAGGAGCCGGAAGUCGAUUUGUUCUCUUUCGACGACCCAAUACCGGUAUCCGCCCCGGCGGUUGCACCUGCAGCAUCAAGUAGUCUGGCCGAUGAUGAUGACUUCGAUGAUUUUCAGUCUGCGACUCCAGCACAACCGGCUGCCCCGGCAGCAUUCUCCCCAAUUUCUCAGCCUACCGCUACUACGACUGUUAAUACACAAUACGCCGCACCUCAGCCAGUAUCGGCACCAAAAGCAGCAAACCCAAGUGAUCUAGUUGGUUUCUCGUCGAUUUCACCAGCAACAAGCACCAACAACACACCGGCCAACUAUUCUGCAUUUUCUCCACCUGCCAUGACUCAACAGCCACGUCCAAUUCAAACAGGUUUCCAAAGCACACAACCAAAUUAUUUCACGUCGGUUCAAGCCGCCAGCACACAAUCAAAGCCUAUGUCGGCAACAUCCUCCGUCAAGUCGCCCACAUCUGCUAAGUCAUCUGGUGGAGAUGCUUUUGGAUCCCUAUGGUCUACUGCUAGCGCUGGUAUCAAAAAGACAAGCACUCCCACUACUUCCGGCCCGGCAUUAGGACAAUUGGCCAAGGAGAAAGCCAGUGCGGGUAUUUGGGGAGCACCAUCUGCUGGAUCAGUUCCUUCACAAACUUCACAAAAGCUAGGAAAUGGAUUAGAUGAUCUAUUGGGUUGAAGAAUAUAUUUUGAGUUUGUAUGAGCAUGAUUUUGCGGAUGGGACACACAUGGUUAGUAAGUAUGCGGAUGGGCGUUAUUAGAUACGAUACUCAGGCGCAUAAAAUUUAGUCAGAUUUCUCUUCAAUCUCAUUUUGCAUCAAAAAUCCGAAUUGC